GAGAGAGAGAGAGAGGGAGGGUGUUGUCAUAAGAGGGAGACUCGUGGUGCCUUUGCUCAAGCGAUGCGUGGAAGCCAGGUGACAGAAAAUGGCGAGAUCGUCUUCUUCAUAUAAGUCCUAACGUUCUAGCUACCUCUUUACCUUUUUUCCUGUUUGUUUCCUUUUUUCGGUACGGUAACUGAUAAUCUGCGCGGAGUUCGGUGAAAUCUAGUCGUCUCCUUGUGCAUAUCCAGAAUGGGAGAGGUGUCGAAAGUCUUGUACAUAGUGGUGGUGGACGAAGGACAGAAGAGAGAGAAAGAAAACGAGAAGGAAUCGUUUAGGUAUACGCGCCCCGUUUUGCAAAGCACUCUGCAACUCAUGGGAUGCAAAGCGCGUCAUGCUUUCAAGAUUAGUCAAAGGGUCUUUGGAUCAAUAAGAAGUGAUGGUUCUUCAGAUGUUCCUCUUCCAAGUGAAAAGGAAGGAAAUGCUGAGAAAAAAGAUGAUUGUUCUGCAUGUGCUGAUUUAUGUAAAGCAGAAACAAGUAGCAUUUUGCUCUCGGAGAAGGAAGCUAAAAGUAAGAGUAUACCUUUUGAGUUGUACAAAAGACGAACGACAGUAGUUGUAAAGAGAGAUACUUUCUUAGAUCUUGUUUGUGAUUCUCUGGCUGAGUAUAAGUAUGUGGGUCAUAACCAGAGGGCAGACUUGGUUUUGGCAUGCAGGGUAGUGUUUAUCGCGUCCCUUUGGGAUAAAGAGGCAGGCAUUGGCUGUUCAUUUUCCAAGGAUGAACUUGCUGAUGGUUCUAUGGCUGGAAAAUCUGAUGCUCGACAGUUGGAUGUUGGUUCUGGUACUACAGAAUUGAUCAGCCCCAAACAGAUGGCUAUUGAAGGAUUUAAGGCACAAAGUGAAAUGGUGAUUGACAGUCUUGAUAGGCUGAUUACCGCAUGGGAAGAGAGAAAAGAAUCAGUAGUUGUUGAGGGUGUUCAUUUAAGCCUUAAUUUUGUUAUGGGGCUUAUGAAAAAACAUCCUUCAAUUAUACCUUUCAUGAUCUACAUUACCAAUGAGGACAAACACUUGGAACGGUUUGCUGUUCGUGCCAAAUACAUGACGCUGGACCCAGCAAAAAAUAAGUAUGUUAAGUAUAUCCGUAACAUCAGAACAAUACAGGAUUAUCUCUGCAAAAGGGCUGAUAAACAUUUGGUUCCCAAGAUAAACAAUACAAAUGUUGAUAGGAGCGUGGCAGCCAUUCAUGCAACUGUCUUCAGCUGCUUGCGCAGGCGCGAAGCAGGAGAGCAGCUUUAUGAUCCCACCACAAAUACUGUUGCCCUAGUGGAUGAGGAGUACAGGAAUCAGUGUGCUGCCAAUUCAUUGAGUUCCAAAGGAAUGUUUCAGCUGAUCCAGAGAAAUGGUUCGUCUAGGCAUCUGAUGGCUCUUCUGAACACAGAUGGAUCUGUUGCAAAGGCUUGGCCUGUUGAUUCAAAGGAUGGUCAUGGGAAGGGCAUAUUGGGCCAUGGAACAGAGAACGAAAUAGGAAAUCCAAUGUAUGGGCCCUUGCUGAUUGACAAGGCUGAACCGGUGAAUCUUCAGUUCGGUCACUUUGGAAUCAGUGCAUGGCCUAGUGAUGGAGGAACAAGUCAUGCUGGAAGCAUGGAUGAAUCUAGAGGUGACUGCACUGACACUGGAAGUAAAUAUUACUCUUCUUGCUGCAGCUCUCCAAGGAUGUCUGAUGGACCAUCCAAGGAGCUCAAGGAGGAAAAUUCGGUGCAUGGUAGUGAUGAAGAGAUUGAUGAUCCUCCCGAGGCAGAUAGUGAUGAAGAUAUCAGUGAUGAUAUUGAUAAACAGGUCCAUGAAGAGGUUGGCUCAGUUGACGAGGAGUCCACGAAAUCAGAUGAAGAAUAUGAUGAUCUGGCAAUGCAGGAUGUUCAAGAGAAUGGCUAUUGGUCUGAUGAUGACGAUGACCACAGAGACAAGACAGUGCUUGGGGACCGUACGAGUCCCAUGAAGAGAGACAAGUAUACUCAAAACCUGGACCGCUUCCUUCGAAGUAGAAGCGAGUGUUUGUCUGAACCUCUAUGCUCCUAUACCUCCCUGCUCAUGGAGAAGAGUGAUAGGAAAAUGCCACCUUCUGGGAACACUAAAGUAAGAAAACGUUCCCUCAGUAUUCCGGCACUGGGGAAGCACGGAUCAGUUAUUAAUGAUCCCAUCCUUUCAGGAGCACCUCAGAGGUAGCAGAACGCAUUUUCUAGUUCUGGUCUCCUACUUUUUAACCCUCCUUUUGAGAGAUUUUUAGGUUAUUUAACCCGUCGUCCCCCCAAUUUGCAUUCUCUUUCCUUAUUUUCUUUUCUCCUUUCCAUGUUGUACAGCUCGGCAUGGAUGGUUUUUUUAUGUGCAUUUUUGUUUCCGAAUCAAGAUAAGAAUUUUUUAUGGUCUGGAUGUGAUGGGUGGUUAGAUAUUCAGGACAUGGACUUCUAAGCGAAUUUCCUUCGUUAUGAUCCCUAAUCUCUUCUUAAUUGAUGGUUUGCCAAAACUUCUAGCAA